AGAAAAGUGGAAAAGAUUAUUUAAAAAAAGAAACGCAUGAGAAAAAGACGGCCCUCACGAAGCAGCUAUAAAUAAAGGAAGUUUAGUUCCUCUUUGGUCCCUCACUCUCUCUCUCUAGAUUCUGCGCUUCUUUCCUUUCCGAUUUUCCGGUCAUCUUUUUCACUUCGCCAUCACACAGAUCUCAAACCCCAUAACUCAAAAGCCACUAUAUUUUCACAUCAGUUUUCGGUGCGAAAAUGGUCGACGUGGAUCGGAGGAUGGCCAGUCUGAGCCCGGCCCACGCAGCCGCCCUCCGCCGUCUCUCAGCCCGCGCCGCCGCACCGUCAACUCCUCCGGUGAGGAAUAGUCUCACCUCUUUUUCCACUUUAGCCAACAAAGUAAUCGCCCACUUGAGGAGUUCGGGUAUCCAAGUGCAACCGGGUUUGUCCGAUGCCGAGUUCGCUCGGGCCGAGGCCGAGUUUGGGUUCACGUUUCCGCCGGACCUCCGCGCCAUUCUCUCCGCCGGCGUUCCCUCUGCCGCAGGAUUUCCAGAUUGGUGGUCUCCCCGAGCGCGCCUCCACCUCCGCGCCAUGGUCGAUCUCCCCAUCGCCGCCGUGUCCUUCCAGAUCGCGAGAAACACCCUUUGGUGCAAGUCCUGGGGCUCGAGACCCGCCAACCCGGAGAAGGCGUUGCGGGUCGCAAGAAAUUCGCUGAGAAGAGCUCCUCUUAUGAUCCCAAUUUUCGGUCAUUGUUACAUCCCUUGUAACCCGUCUUUGGCGGGUAACCCGGUUUUCUUCGUCGACGAGACCCGGAUUUUCUGCUGCGGCUCGGAUCUAUCCGAUUUCUUUGAGCGUAAGUCUGUGUUCCGGUGCUCCGAGUUGAGCCCGGGGAUCAUCCGUCCGAUGAGCGAGAAAUCCGCCGGAUCAUCCUCGGAUUUUUCCCGGAGUAGCUCGGAUUCGGGUCGGGCAAACUUGUCGGGUGCUACGAGAUGGGUCGAGUUCUGGAGUGACGCGGCGAUGGAUCGCCGCCGGAGAAACUCGGCGUGUUCGCUGUCGUCGUCACAUUCAUCGUCGCCGGACUGGUACUCGGACCUGCCCAGAUCCGAGAUUCCGAAAUGGGUGGAGGAGUACGUCAAUCGGAUCGGGUCGGUGCUGAGAGAAGGCGGAUGGAGCGAGUCCGACAUAAAUGACGUCAUCAACGUGUCGUCGUCGGGGUUCUUGGAGGGCGAAAUGGUAAUUUUGGACAACAGAGCGGUGCUCGAUGCUCUGCUUCUGAAAGCUGGUCGGUUCUCGGAGUCACUCCGGAGAGGCGGAUGGAGCUCGGAGGAAGUUUCCGAUGCUUUAUGCUUCGAUUCCCGACCGGAGAAGGAGCGGAAACCGACGAAGAAGCUCUCGCCGGAGCUCCUCAAACGUAUCGGGGAACUGGUCGAGUCCGUUUCCCGGUCGUGAUUCUUUUCCCCUCAUUAUGAAUCUCCUUAAUCGCAUACAAAACACGUAUAAGUUACUGUAAUCUUUUACAUAUUUCCCCUAUUUUUGUCACUGAUGGAAAAAAAAAAAGAAACAGGAGAUGAAAAUUGGAAAGAUUAAUAAAAUCGGGAAUUUGUACAUUAAUGUCAAUGUGGGG